AUGGAAAUGAAAAGCAUUGUUUCAGCACUCUUAUUGGUUUUGCCAUUUAUAGCACUGAAUGGAAAAGCACAAGAGCCUUUGGUUUAUGACAUCACAAAGUACGGUGCUACACAAGGUGCCGAUAUUAGCAAGGCUCUCCUUGAUGCUUGGAAGGAAGCUUCGGCGUCGGAAAAUGCUAGCAAGAUCGUUAUUCCAAAGGGGACAUGGAUUCUAAGCCAAGUCAGAUUGACGGAAAACAAAGCCCCUCUGGAGCUCGAAAUCCAGGGCACCGUGCAAGCCUAUGCCGACCCCCAAAAGCUGCCGAACAAACAAGGUGAAUGGAUCACCAUCAAUUACGUUAACUACUUCACCCUAUCCGGUGGUGGCGUUCUCGACGGCCAGGGCCACGAAGCGUGGAAGCAAAACGAUUGCAACAAAAAUAAAAAUUGCGCCAAGCUUCCCAUCAACCUGAGCUUGAAUUUCAUCAACAACUCGAUAAUCCAUGAUGUGACCACUAAAGACAGCAAGAACUUCCAUGUGAACUGCAUCUCGAGCCAUAAUGUGACCUUCCAGAGGUUCCACGUAUCAGCCCCCGGGGAGAGCAUCAACACCGAUGGGCUCCACCUGGCGCGGUCCUCCUUAAUCAGUGUUCUCGACUCCGUCAUCGAGACAGGUGACGACUGCAUCUCCAUAGGGGACGAGAGCUCCGAGUACCACAUACAGAACGUCACAUGCGGACCGGCAUCGGAAGCCUCGGAAAAGACGCAAAACGGCGUUAGGGUAAAAACGUGGCCAUCCGCCCCGGCCACGCUCAAGGUCAGCAAUCUGCAUUUCGAGGACUUGAUCAUGGAAAAUGUGAGCAACCCCAUAAUCAUCGACCAAGAAUAUUGUCCAUGGAAUCUAUGCGACAAAUCAAACCCAUCCAAAAUCCAAAUCAGUGACGUCAGCGUAAAGAACGUACGCGGAACGUCCAGCACAGCGGAGGUCGUGACUUUUGCAUGCAGCUCGGGCAAACCGUGCCAGAAUGUGGAGAUUGGUGACAUUGAUCUUGGAUUCGUCGGGACCAUUGGCAACAUUACAACCAUAUGCUCGAAUGUGAAACCCACUGUUAUAGGAAAAACGAACCCGCCACUAUGUGCUUCACCUCCGGCGGCACAGGCGGCUUAA